AUGUCUUUCCAGGAGGGCUCCGUGGGGGUGGAGGACCUUGUCCUCCUGGAACCACUGGAGGAGGGCUCUCUGCUCAAGAACCUGAAGCUUCGCUAUGAAAACAAGGAGAUUUAUACCUACAUUGGGAAUGUGGUGAUCUCGGUGAAUCCCUACCAGCAGUUGCCCAUUUACGGCCCAGAGUUCAUUGCCAAGUACAGGGACUAUACCUUCUAUGAGCUGAAGCCGCAUAUCUAUGCUUUAGCGAAUGUGGCCUACCAGUCGCUGAGGGAUCGGGACCGAGACCAGUGUAUCCUCAUCACAGGCGAGAGUGGAGCUGGGAAGACUGAGGCUAGCAAGCUGGUGAUGUCCUACGUGGCUGCUGUCUGUGGGAGAGGGGAACAGGUGAACUCCGUGAAGGAGCAGUUGCUUCAGUCAAACCCAGUGCUGGAAGCAUUUGGCAAUGCCAAGACCAUCCGCAAUGACAACUCCUCGCGAUUUGGAAAGUACAUGGACAUUGAGUUUGACUUCAAGGGAUCCCCCCUCGGUGGCGUCAUCACAAACUAUCUGCUUGAGAAAUCCCGAGUGGUGAAGCAGCUCAAAGGAGAAAGGAACUUCCACAUUUUCUAUCAGUUGCUGGCUGGAGCAGAUGCACAACUGCUGAAGGCCCUGAAGCUCAAGCAAGGUACAAGCGGUUAUACUUAUCUGAAUAGGGACGUGUCCAGAGUGGAUGGUAUGGAUGACGCCUCCAAUUUCAGGGCUGUACAGAGUGCAAUGACAGUGAUUGGGUUCUCAAAGGAUGAAAUUCAGCAAGUGCUGGAGGUGACAUCUCUGGUGCUGAAGCUGGGAAACAUAGAGCUGAAGGACGAAUUCCAGGCCAAUGGGAUACCAGCAAGUGGCAUCUGUGACAGGAAGGAUAUUCAGGAGAUUGGGGAGAUGGUGGGCUUGAAUUCAGAGGAACUAGAGAGAGCUUUGUGCUCGAGGACCAGGGAGACAGCCAAAGAAAAGGUGGUCACGGUCCUGAAUGUCGUUCAGGCUCAGUAUGCUCGGGAUGCUCUGGCUAAGAACAUCUACAGCCGCCUCUUCGACUGGAUAGUGAAUCGUAUCAACGAGAGCAUCAAGGUGGGCACCGGGGAGAAGAAAAAAGUUAUGGGUGUUCUGGAUAUCUACGGAUUUGAAAUCUUGGAGGAUAAUAGCUUUGAGCAAUUUGUGAUCAACUACUGCAAUGAGAAACUGCAGCAGGUGUUCAUAGAACUCACCCUGAAGGAGGAGCAAGAGGAAUAUAAGAGAGAGGGCAUACCAUGGACAAAGGUGGAUUACUUUGACAAUGGCAUCAUCUGUAACCUCAUUGAGCAUAAUCAGCGAGGCAUCCUGGCUAUGCUGGACGAAGAGUGUCUGAGGCCCGGGGUGGUCAGCGACUCCACUUUCCUAGCAAAGCUGAACCAGCUCUUCUCCAAACACAGCCACUAUGAGAGCAAAGUCACCCAGAACGCCCAACACCACUACGACCACAGCAUGGGCCUCAGCUGCUUCCGCAUCUGUCACUAUGCGGGCAAGGUGACGUACAACGUGAAUAGCUUCAUUGACAAGAAUAAUGACCUACUUUUCCGAGACCUGUCCCAGGUCAUGUGGAAGGCCCAGCAACCCCUCCUUCGGUCCUUGUUCCCUGAGGGCAAUCCCAAGGAGUCAUCUCUCAAACGACCCCCCACGGCUGGGGCCCAGUUUAAGAGUUCUGUGGCCGUACUCAUGAAGAAUCUGUAUUCCAAGAACCCCAACUACAUCAGGUGCAUAAAGCCUAACGAGCAGAAGCAGAGAAACCAGUUCUCUUCGGAGCUGGUGGCGGUCCAGGCGCGGUACCUGGGGCUGCUGGAGAACGUGCGGGUUCGCAGGGCUGGCUACGCCUACCGCCAGGGCUAUAAGGCCUUCCUGGGAAGGUACCGACUGCUGUCCCGGAGCACCUGGCCUAGCUGGAAUGGAGGAGACCGGGAGGGCGUUGAAAAGGUCCUGGAGUCACUGAUUGUGUCCUCAGAAGAGCUGGCCUUUGGGAAGACCAAGAUUUUCAUCAGAAGCCCCAAAACUCUUUUCUACCUGGAGGAGCAGAGGCGUCUGAGGCUUCAACAGCUCGCCACCCUCAUACAGAAGACGUACCGAGGCUGGCGCUGCCGCACACACUACCAGCUCAUGCGCAAGAGUCAGAUCCUCAUCUCUGCUUGGUUUCGGGGCAACAAGCAAAAGAAGCACUAUGGGAAAAUAAAGGCAUCCACACUGCGGAUCCAGGCUUUUGUGAGAGGAUGGAAGGCUCGCAAAAAUUAUCGAAAAUACUUCCGAUCAGGUGCUGCCCUCACGUUGGCAAAUUUCAUCUACAGAAGCAUGGCACAGAAAUUCCUGCUUUAUCUGAAGAAUAAUCUGCCAUCCACCAAGGUCUUGGACACCUCAUGGCCAGCUGCCCCCUACAGGUGCUUCAAGACAGCUAAUCAGGAGCUGCAGCAGCUCUUCCACCAGUGGAAGUGCAAGAGGUUCCGCGAUCAGCUGUCCCCAAGGCAGGUGCAGGUGCUGAGGGAAAAGCUCUGUGCCAGUGAGCUGUUCAAGGGCAGGAAGGCUUCCUACCCCCAGAGUGUCCCCAUUCCAUUCCGUGGUGACUACAUUGGACUGCAAGGGAACCCCAAGCUGCAGAAACUGAAGGGCCGGGAGGAAGGGCCUGUCCUGGUGGCAGAGACCGUGAAGAAAGUCAACCGUGGCAAUGGCAAGACCUCGGCUCGGAUUCUUCUCCUGACCACGGGGCACGUGAUUCUCACAGACACAAAGAAGUCCCAGGCCCAAACUGUCAUUGGGCUGGAGAGUGUGGCUGGGGUGUCGGUCACUAGCUUCCAGGAUGGGCUCUUCAGCUUACAUCUGAGUGAGAUGUCAUCAGUGGGCUCUAAGGGGGACAUCCUGUUGGUCAGUGACCACGUGGUAGAACUGCUGGCAAAAAUGUAUCAGGCUGUGCUGGAUGCCACACAGAGGCAGCUUUCUGUCACUGUGACUGAGAAGUUCUCAGUGAGGUUCAAGGACAGCAGCGUGGCUGUCAAGGUCAUUCAGGGCCCCCAGGGUGGUGAGAACAACAAGCUGAUUUGCAAGAAGAAGGGAAGUCAUUCCCUGGAGGUAACUGUGCCUUGA